AUGGACCUGUCUCUUUUGGUGCCUGCCGAUUGCUACUUGCCCGACAACGUGGAUCUGUGUCUUUUGUCUACAAAUGUAAGCAUGCCCAACAGAACACAUCGCGAGCUUUUGCCUAAAAAGACAUAUUCACCCAAUGACUUGGAUCCUGAUGACUCGGAUCUGGAGUAUUUGCCUGCAAAGACGUACUCACCCGACGACUUGGAUCCCGACGUGAAUUUGGAGCUUGUACCUGCAAAGAUACACCCACCCAAAUCCUUGCAUCCCGAUGACUCGGAUCUAGAGUUAUUGCCUCCGAAGACAUACUCGCCUGGAAGCACAGACCAGUUUCUCUUGCCUGCAAAAGCAUACUCGCACAUGAGCGGUGCAAGUGACUAUGGAUGUCAUGUAUCGCUGAUAGAGAGCCCGGAUGCGCACUCCAGUACAUGGAUCUGGCCAAUGGGUCCCGAAGAAGUCGUUGAAUAUCGAAAUCUUGCGGAAAUCGACGACACCCUCAUUGAAAUUGAAAUGCAAGACAUCAUGCACGAGUUCAUCCUAACUUCGUCACCCGGUAGCCGCUCCAGCCAAUCUCCCGGCUCCGAUGAAUCCUCCAUCCGAGCACUAUUUAGCCGAGAAUCAUGCAUCCCGCUUAUCUCCGACGAUGCGGCGGAGGACGAGAUCCUUCAAUCGUUGAUUCCGGCCGGUUUGAAUUUGCCAAUCAAACGUAGGCCAGAGAAUCAACCAACCUUGGUCAACCCUGCAGCUUCAAAGCGUCCUCGCAGCCAGUCAGCCUCUCCUGUGACCACGCCUCUGCCAGGAAAGCGACCCAAUGGGACCUACUCUAUUACUGCUAAGCUCAAUCAUCACUUCAACCUUGCCAAAAAGGCCAACCUUGCGUCCCAAAAGCCCAAUAUUACGUCCCUGGAUGGUAUCAAUGAGUCCAAUGAAGAAUCUCCCGAUGAAGACAUUCCUCGCCGCAAGAAAUUGUUCGGUGAUGACGGUUUCCUUGGGCCUCAUCCAGCACUUGAAUCUCCAGUCUUUGAGACACCCCCGUUGCCAGAUCCAAUAUCUGUCCUACCAGUCUUGCCACAGCCAGCCCUGACACUGACCCCAACUCUGAAGCCAACCCGGAUGGUUAGCCCAAAGCCGGUCCCAAAGCCGACCCCAAUGAUGAUCCCAAAGCCGAUCCCAAUGGUGAUCCCGAGACUGACCCAGAAGCCGGCCUCAAAGCCGGCCCUCUUCCGAAGCCUCAGCAGGAAAUUCAAGAAAGAAAAAUCAGUCGCUGUGAGCCUAACCCCGCCCAUCAAUCUAGUAUUCAGCACUAACCAUAGGUCCGUCUCAUUGAACCCAACCAUGCAAGCCAAACUCUACUCCGACCUAGAAAUGAUGAUUUGCACCAGUGCCAACGAAUUCCUGCUUAAUCAAUACCGCGACGGUCGUGUGUCCCAGUGCUCUGUCAACAAAGUCCGCCAGCAAUGGCGAGCGAAGAACCGUACACCGGUCCACGACAUGAACUACGAUCAGGCUACACAGCGAGAACUGAUCAUGGAAAACCGUCGCACCCUGGAUUUCAAUGGCCAGUGCUCCAUCAGUGCCAUGCAGUUUCACGCUAGCAUGCAAAGCUGGAAGGUCAUCGCGAUGGAGAUGAGUGCUCGCACUUUUUGCCUGCCAGACACUGCUAUUCGGAAGAAUCUCUUUGAGAUUCAACAGAUCCUUGAUAUGUUGAAUGCACCGAUCUCGACCCUUCGAGAAUUGAAUGAGUUAAGUACUUGGGCUCAGUUGCAGAUGCUGGAUGUAUCUGAGAUGAGUCGUUGUUCAACCCAGAGUCAGAUGUACUUCCUUGCUCACUCCGUGUCUGGAUAA